AUGUCUUUUCCUUAUCCCGCUCAACCCACCGAGCAAACCCCUCAGACUACCAAUCCUACAACUCAACCCCCCGAUAAUGGCAAUACCAAACCCACCGACACCCGCGAAGUCGCUCACGUCCUCUUCGAUAUCAAAACCUCCCCGAAGAAACUGACUCCCAUCCUGCUGGAGUCACUGCACCACAAACUCCACCACCGCGACGUCAAAGUCUACCCCUCCUUCGACGUUCUCCGAGCCGCCGGCGCCGUCAAGCGCGGCAAUGUGGUCUUUGCCUUGCCCGCUGCCGGCCUGAACGUCGAUCAGAUCAUCACGGCCGUGCGGCUGAAAGUCCAGCAUUUGAUCAUGGACUGGGAUAAGGGCGAGCCGAGCGGUGAGGGACUGUAUUUGGUUACGGAGGAUAAAAUGUGUCCUUGGGGAUGGAGCUUCCUGUCUUAUCAGGCUUGGAAGGAGCAGAGAAAGGUCCGCUAA